AUGAUGCCACAAAACCUGUAUAUCAUGGAGCUGAUGAAGAGUGUUCUGCUGCUCGGGUUCGUGUUGAGUGUGUGUGAAGCUGCAGCUCUGCCAUCCUGCACCUGGGCACAGUGCAGACUCCAAGAAAAGAACGAGGAGAACUCUGUACUGCUGAGGGACAUGGGUGAUGAUUCGAUGUCCUUGGAGUGUUUGGAGAAAAGAGAGUACUCCUUCCCAGAUGAUGUGUUUAUAAAAGCACAGAAUGAAGACCUGGUCUUGGUGGCUCUUGAAACUCUGAGAGGUGUUGCCACAAUCUUCGGUAAUGACCAAACAUCAGUCACUGGGACUGAGAAACUGGGACUCUUCAAGUCUAUCAUAAGUAGACAAGUGAGAAAGCUGCAGGAAUGCACAGGGAAAAAGUUCCAGACGGCGAUGGAGAAACCUGCGGACAGCAGCACUGCUACACUGAGGUCGUUUUUUGAAAAGCUGGAGGAGCGACUGAAAGAGAAGGAGUUCAGCUCGUGCGCCUGGGAGAUAGUGAGAACUGAGCUUCAGGGUGGCCUCGAGGAGCUUCAGACUGUUCUAGAGAGCAAGAACUAAAGAAGAACAAGCCACAGUGUUCCUCACUGCAUCCAGAGAACGUUUUCAGCGACUGCAAACAGUGACAUUUAUUUAUUUGUUUGU